AUGCAUUUUCUGCUCACUGGGCUCAUCUAUUUUUCAAGUUCCUGUUCACUUGGCUUUUCUACUCCAAUCUUCGGUGAUGAGUGCAAAGUUCAUAUCGAUAACCGUCAUUCCGAAAUCAAAGACCUCGUUACUAGUCACCAACGCUUUAACGUCAAUAAUUGGUCUCAUAUCGUCUUGUUAUUCAUCAUUGGUUUAUUACUCUCUUUAUUGAUUCUGGCUUAUUGUUUUAUCAAGCUUAAAAUCUGGCCGUCCAUCAAACAAACACACACUCAUCCUGCAUCUUUUUCAGCACCACCGUAUAUUAUCAACCCUCGUGAACAACCUACUCCAACAGCUGUUCGCCUUGAAUAA